AUGUUCACAUGUCUGAUUUUUUUGUCCCUUUUAAGAACGUACAACUACCAUGAGGGAAAAAGCUUCCAGCUUCGGAUUCGUGAGGAGGAGGGUGAGCUGAUCGUGGAGGGUUUACUCAACAUCUCCUGGGGCCUGAGGAGGCCAAUCAGACUGCAAAUGUACAAUGACAAGGAGAGCUUUCUCUAUGCCUGCACGGGUGCGUGGAGGUCAGAGGGCUCGGAGUCCAGCAGGAAUGAAAAUGCCGAACACCAGUUUUGUUCAGAGCACAACAACAACAAAAUCAGUGCCUCAUCUGCACAAAGUUUGGAUGGUGCUGAGGAGGUCGUCCCUCAACUGCUGAGAACAAGAAGUGACGCGAGCUUUGUCAAUAUCCAAAGAAGAUCCAAAAUCCACAAUACUGCUGAUUUACAGAGGAUAAAAAGACACCAUUUCUCCAUCAACAACCAUUUUUACAGAACAUCAGAUUUUACUCCAUCAUAUGGAUCAGUGACUAAUGUGCGAGUGAACAGCACUUUGACAACCCAGCAAGUUCUUAACCUGCUUAUUAAUAAGUUUCGGAUUGAGAAUAAGGCAGAUGAGUUUGGCCUCUUCCUAGUCCACGAAUCAGGGGAGAGAACAAAACUUAAGGACACAGAAUAUCCUUUGGUAUCUCGUCUGAUGCAUGGCCCAUGUGAAAAAAUCAGCAGAAUAUUUAUUAUGGAAAAGGACCUUGGUGAAGAGAUUACAUAUGAGGUUGCACAGUAUAUUACGUUUGAAAUGCCUGUUUUGGACAGUUUCAUCAAGAAAUUGAAAGAGGAGGAAGAGCGAGAGAGAUACAGUGCACUGAGGUCAAUGAUAUUACAAAAAUUGGAUGGCAUCUCUAACACUGCAAAUUAUUUGUAA